AUGGUUGAACAAGCAUACUACGAAAAGGGAUUCCAAAAGAGUGUUUCAGAUACCCAUUCAUGGCGCACUGUUGCCAACUCAUCAAAGUUUGUUCUUGACGUUCUCCAACCUAAUUAUAAAGUCCUUGAUGUCGGCUGUGGCCCUGGCUCGAUCACCAUUGACUUUGCGCAAAACUAUUUAACUAAUGGUGGAUCCAUAAUUGGAAUUGAACCAACACACGAAUUGAUCGAUCUCGCAAAUGAAAACAAAAACAAAACAGCACCCGACUUGACCAACAUUACAUUUCAAGAAGGUUCAAUUUAUAAAAUCCCUUUUGACGAUAACACUUUUGAUUUGGUUCAUGCUCAUCAAGUGGUUAUCCAUUUGGAGAACCCAGUGAACGCGUUGAAGGAACUUCAACGAGUGACAAAGCCGGGUGGGUUUGUUUGUGUUAAAGAUGCGGACUUGGAAUCAAUCAUUGCAUCGCCUGAGAAGUAUGAUAUUCUUAAACAAUACUACGUUCUUAAGGCAAAGAAUGCGUUAUCUACCGAUAUCCGUGCUGGAAGGACAUUGAGAGAAAAAGCAAUCAACGCAGGUUAUAAACCGGACAAUAUUACUACUACGAUGUCCCAUUGGCUAAUGUGCGAUGACAGAAACAGUAAACUCCAAUGGGCCGAGUUGGCUAAGAAUAGAAUCUUAAAUGGUGGAGAAGUCGUAUUCCCCGAAGAUGCAAAAAAGAAUGACGAAAUGAAAGCGCAAAUGGUGGAAAAAUGGGACGAAUGGAAACAAGAUGAAAACUCUCUUUUGGAAAUGACACAUUUCGAAAUUAUAUAUAAGAAAAGUUGA